AUGUUCUCACGUCUCGCUGCCAACACCCUCAGGGGCACCCGGACUGCCCUCCCCUCCUCCACCCGCUCGUACGCAUCCUCGGCCGCACCCUCGUCGUCCGUCUCGCACCUCGCGCCCUACAUCCUCGGCGCAGGUCUCGUCGGCGGCGGCGUCUACUACUACACCCAGAACCCCACCCUCCGCGCCGACGAGCAGGCCAAGGCCGGAACCGCGCGCGGAGGUGCGCUCGGUGCUGGAUCGGGAGGCGCGCAGAUCCAGGGAACAGAGGCGACCAAGGAGGGCGGCGUCAAGGUCAAGGGCGAGUCGGCGCUCUCGCCCGACGAGUUCAGGAGCUUCAAGAUUGUCGAGGUUAUCCCCUACAACCACAACACCAGCCGCUUCGUCUUCGCCCUCCCCGAAGGCACCUCCUCCGGCCUGACCGUCGCCUCCGCUCUCGUCUGCAAAGCCGCGAAGGAAGGCGAGGGCCUCAACGACAAGGGCAAGCCCGUCAUCCGUCCCUACACGCCCGUCACCGCGCCCGACGUCACCGACAAGCUCGAGUUGUUGAUCAAGCACUACAAGGGCGGCGCGUUCACCGAGUACUUGUGGAAGCUCAAGCCGGGAGACUCGAUCUCGAUGAAGGGCCCGAUCCCCAAGCACCCGUGGAAGCCGAACCAGUACGAGUCGGUCGCCAUGAUCGCCGGUGGAUCUGGUAUCACGCCCAUGUGGCAGGUUCUCCAGGCGAUUGACGCCAACCCCGAGGACAAGACCAAGGCGACGCUCAUCUUCUCAAACGUGACCGAGGAGGACAUCCUUCUCCGCAAGGAGUUCGAGGACCUCGCCGCCAAGAAGCCCGACCAGUUCAAGGUCGUCUUUACGCUCGACCAGCCGCCGAAGAACUGGAACGGCCCGACGGGCUACGUCUCGGACAAGGUCAUCACCGACGCGCUCAAGGAGUUUGGGACGACGCCCGACAAGGGCGAGAAGGUCAAGAUCUUUGUCUGCGGCCCUCCUGGUCAGGUCAAGGCUGUUUCGGGACCCAAGAAGAGCAUGAAGGAGCAGGGCCCGCUCGACGAGAACAGCGUCCUCAAGAAGCUCGGCUACUCGGCGGAGCAGGUCUUCCGCUUCUAG